CGUGUUCAUUAUAAGAAUGCAGUAUGCACGAAGUAAUCAAAGCGUGAAUACGUCUCGAAAAAAAAUCAGUUUAUAAAAGGAAUUCGAGCGUGUAUCGGUUUGGGACCGGCCCCCUCCUCUUCGCUGUUGUAGAAGACCAGGCCCUAUACAGGUCUAGCCUUGGUUGGAGUACUGAAAUCUAUUCAAAAGUAAACGUAUUCUUUCUUUUCUGAUACUGCUGGAAUUCUUUGGCUAAAAAGGCUUCGGAAAUAGCGAGACAUGAUUAUCAGAAGCAGGACUUGAACAAUUUGAUCUCGAAAUAAGCCUACAUGGAGUGUGAUGUGACUUUCUUUUUCUGAUAGCUGCAUGAGGAGUAAAUGCUGAUUAUGGUGCUUUAGCUCUUGUGAUUUCAAUCGCUUGGUGAACGUAUAAUUGGAUUAUAAUAAUAAUUUGUAUUUAAGCCACAAAAAUGGAAAACUUGCGGGUUACCACUUCGAUGGCUGAAUCAAAAGGAGAAGAUGAAUUGAAUACCAAAAGGACGUUAAAUCUUAGUAACAUAUUCGAUCCUCCUCCUCAACAUCCUGAUGGAACACCGGGGGUAUCAGAACCAGUAGUUUCAAUGAAUAUAUUGAUAGGAGCCUGUCUUGCCAUCGGUGGAAAUCUUUUAAUUAGCGUCUCCAUGAAUGUUCAGAAAUAUUCUUUGACGAAGAUUCAACAGCGACGGGAAGCCAGAGGAGAAGAAGCGUCGGAUAACUACGACUACUUGAAGAGUUGGCUCUGGUGGUCAGGGAUAUUACUCAUGAUAACUGGUGAAGGGGGUAACUUCUUAGCCUAUGGGUUCGGACCUGCCUCGGUGGUAGCACCCCUCGGUACCACCACUGUAGUUGCUAACGCAUACAUCUCAAGAUGUCUGGGAGAGAGACUACGAUUUCAAGACAUUUUAGGCACUGUCAUUAUUGUCGUCGGUGCGUGUAUGAUUAUUAUAUUCUCCACGCAGAACGAAGAGGAAAUGACGUCACAUUUGAUAAUUUUUAGACUUACAUCGUGGCCAUUCCUCGUGUUCUUUGGAGUGGAGGUCGCAUUGUUUCUUCUUUUACUCUACUUAAAGCUUGUCAAAAGAUAUCAACAUCUUCUUUUACUGCUCCUGCCAGCUGCAAUAUUGAGUUCCCUGACUGUGCUAGGUGCCAAGGCAUGCUCCAGUCUAAUUAGGCUGGCGGUAAGAGGUGACAUGUCACAAGUCAAAACACCUAUAUUUUUCAUCAUGAUCGUCGUGGUAUUCGUUACAGGGAUGUUUCAAAUAAGAUACGUCACGAGGGCAAUGCAAGAACAUGAUGCUUCUGUUGUUGUUCCUGUUUACUUUGUAUUCUUUACACUCGGUGCAAUAUUAGUCGGUGUGUUUUUCUAUGGCGAAUUCCACGGCCUAACAAUUAUUAGGAUAUUCAUGUUUGUAUUUGGGUGUAUUUGUUCAUUUAUAGGUGUAUAUAUGAUAACACACGGCAGACACAUCAAUCACAAUAGUGAUGAUGGUGAUAAGAAAGAAGAUGACGUAGUAACGGAAGCAAGGGAUGAAACUGAUGAUUCUCCCUUACUUCCUCCUCCAACGUGUCUUCAUCUUGUCCAGCCCCCUCGGGAAGACCUUGAGGAUUCUACUAUUAGUAUGUCAUCAUCAGACAGCAGUGAACGAAGAUAUAUUGAAAUGGACGAUAUGUCUUCGACUUUGAGAGAUAGCCCGAAAUGGCCGAAUGGCCCAAUCACCGAGAGAUGAAAGUCAGACGAUACAAGUAUAGGUUGGGACGAGUCAACGUUCAAUGCAUUAAUCUGUACAAUCAGUGGUACAAGGUCGCACGAGGCAAAAUAUAUUCAUUUAGCUAACCGAAUCUCAAUUCUUUAGGUAGCUGAUUGACAAAAGUGUGUGAUUCUGAUUGGCCAUUCUAGGGAGGCCAAUUAACAUCUGAACUCCCUUUACUAAAAUGGGGAAGACAAUCACUUAACUUUUGAAACUUUUUUUACUCUUACGGAAGAAUUGGGGCUAUUUUGCUGUUUCAGGUGAUGAUGAAUUUUAUCCCUUCAGGAGAUGUCUUCAUAAAUUCCGAUUAAUUUUCAAAAUGUAUCGGUCAUGGGACCCUUUUCUUGUCAGAUAUGGAAUGUCAGACAUAUAUCGUAUCCACUGGUAGUAAACAUUCGUAACCCUUAGUGGCGUGCCGUGGGUCACGGUAUUGGCAUGAUUGGG